AUGGCAGCAGUGGCCGGACCGCAAGGCACAGUAUUGGACAUUGAUUCGCUCCCAGACGAUCCCCUCUACAGAAUUCGCCGCUACAUCGGCGGCCGUGCGACGGUAGUCUACGUCCACGUAUCAACGACCGAGUUUCUCGCAGAGGACAAUCGUACAUAUGGCCCUGGUAUCAUACGACUCCUCUCGAAGCUUGAUGAAUGGCGACGCCCCGACUGGAAGACGCUCACGAUUACGAUGAAUGCCGCUUCUACUCUACAAAUCGAUGUUGACGCGUUUCAGCCGCACUCUAUGUCUCCAGCAUCCAUACACGGCUGCUACGGCCUGUUCGACGUUUUAAACUUGAAGCGCGAAUACAAUGUCAAGGCGCGGACCCGACACUGCCUAGCCCGAGGCGCCGAGGUGUAUGUGAAACUCGCAAGGUUCGAAUUUGAAGUCAGGGCACUGGAGCGGGAAGUAAAGGUGUAUCAUAGGCUGUGCGGCUCUGCCGUGUCACCUGCACUGGUUGGAUACGUUUACGAGGACACGCACGAUCGCGUGGUUGGCUUCAUCACCGAGGAACUGGUCGGACACUAUCCCGAAUCAACCGACGACUACGUGGCGUGUUCUGAGGCACUGCGUGAUCUGCAUGAAGUGGGCGUCAUCCACGGCGAUAUGAACAAGUAUAAUAUCAUCAUGACAAAGGAUGGGCCCAAAUUUAUUGACUUUGAAGCGUCGAGAUUGCGGGAUGAGACGACUGAUUGGGAGAAACUCGCAGAGAAGGAAAAACAGAAUCUUUAUAAAGGGCUAUCCGAUCAAUCAGGGCUAGGAGCACCAUGGGAUAUAGAAACAUAG